AUGGCUUCCUACCGCCCCAAGGUUGCCUACAGCUCCUCAUCUUCAUCUUCGACAUAUUCGUCAUCAGACUCGGACCUGUCUAUGGACUCAACACAACGCCCCGUUCAAGUCUCCAUACUUCGCUGUUUGAGAUGCGCCCGGGCCGAAGAGAUGACGUCGACAGACGACCCAAGACUCUCCGGAAUGGUCCAGAUUGGGACUAAUAUCUACUAUUGCAAGCGGUGCGCCAAGAUGGUGGGCUAUAAGUGA